AGUUUCCGAUGAAUAUAAAGCCAAUAAGAGACCUUUAUGGUAGCCAUGUCCCAUUUUCUGCAAAAACUAACAUGAAAUGUUUGAACUAUCAACAAAAAAUGCAACCUUGAACACCAUAUAUAUUCCAUUCAUUUCACCAAAAAUUAAUUUGAGUUCAGAAAGUCAAAACAAACAUAGCUAGCUCAAAAUUAAGAUCCAUAAAGUCAAAAGUUGAGAAACAAAAAAUAAACCAUAGCAAGCAAGAAAAGCAUCUUCAAACCAAAGAUUGAAUUUUUACAGGUAUGGUUUCAAAAGCAGCAAUAGUAUUACUCAUAGGUCUUCUUGGAAUGGUUUAUCAAGCUACUCAACUUCCACCACCAAACCAUAAUCAUUCAAUUCAUGAUGAUGACAACUAUUUUGUGGUUUCACAAAGAAUUAAACUCAGUGAUGGAAGGUACCUUGCUUAUAGAGAAAGGGGUGUUACAAAGGAUAAAGCAAAACAUAGCAUCAUUAUUGUUCAUGGAUUUGGAAGCUCUAAAGAUAUGAACUUUUCUACACCCCAAGAACUAAUAGAUGAACUAGGAGUAUAUAUUCUGCAAUAUGAUAGAGCUGGAUAUGGACAAAGUGAUCCAAACCCCAAACGUUCACUGAAAAGUGAAGCUCUUGACAUUGAAGAGCUAGCUGAUCAGUUACAAAUAGGAUCAAAAUUUUAUGUGAUUGGAGUUUCAAUGGGAUCAUAUGCUACCUGGAGUUGUUUGAACUAUAUCCCCAACAGGCUAGCUGGUGUAGCUAUGAUAGCUCCAAUCAUCAACUAUGAAUGGCCUUCCAUUCCUGAGAGUCUUAUAAAGGAUGACUACAGAAGGAAAAUUAUCAAGUUGGCUAUGUGGCUUGCAAGCUAUUCUCCUAGACUUUUACAUUGGUGGGUGACUCAAAACUGGCUCCCUUCAAAUUCUGUCAUAGAAAAAAAUCCAGCAUUCUUCAACAAAAGAGAUAUAGAAAUUUUAAAGAGAAUUCCCGGGUUUCCAAUGCUUACUAAGGAUCAAUUGAGGCAACAAGUUGUUUUUGACACACUAAGGGGUGAUUGGAUGGUUGCCUUUGGAAAUUGGCAAUUUGAUCCAAUAAAGCUUAAUAAUCCAUUCCCUCACAAUAACUGGAGUUCAGUUCACAUUUGGCAAGGCUAUGAAGAUAAGGUAGUGCCCUCUCAAAUUCAAAGAUUCAUUUCAGAGAGGCUGCAAUGGAUACAAUAUCAUGAAGUUAUAGAUGGUGGCCAUUUAAUUGUACACUAUAGUGGUUUAUUUGAGGCAAUGUUGAAAGCACUUUUACUUGGAGAAGAAAAUGCUUCAUAUAAACCUAGAUCAUCAAUACUUGGAUCUUGAUUUGCCAUGAUCUGAUCAUUAGUUCAAUAUGUUUAUUGUUGGCUUAUUUUUGAAGAGAAUUGUCAGAUAUGUAAAUCACAUUCAUUGGUUUGAAAGGAAUAAAAUGUCAUAUAUCAUGUA